GGGGGCAGAACUGGUGUGGGGAGGGAGAAUUUCCUGAGCUCAGGGGGUCCCUCACCCUCCAGAUGGUGGGACCAAGCUCACCAGGCUGACGGGGCAAAUGGGGCCACAGCAGCCUGAAAGGGCCAUGCUGGCCUGGGGGAAGCACUCCUCCCUCUCCCCUCACACACGCUGGCCCUGCCUGUCCUUCCUCAUCCCUUUCCCCACCGCUCUCCUGCUCUUCCCCUCUGCUAGAAGGCGGACAAAGCUGCCUUGGGCAGCAAAGUCAAUUGCAGCCAAUUUGAAGAGAACAUGGAGGAGCUGGAUGAGAGGAUGGAGGAGUUGCAGAGCCAGAUUUCAGGCCAGGAGCAGCACUGGAAUAAGAUGCAGCAGCAGAUCAGUGAUGCAAUGGAAGAGAAGCUGGAUCGCCUGGAGCUGAAGACGUUCCGCAAACACCUGGAGGACUCCUGGAACAGGAACAUGGAAGAGCUCGAGAAUAGGCUGUCGCGUGAAAAUGCUGCUGGGUAUAAGAAGCAGCUGCCAGUGCCUUUCACGUGCCUGUCCUGUGACCGCAUGCUCACCGUGCAGGUUCCUGGCCAGUAUCCCGAGACACUGCCGUAUUUGCAGCCAAUGCCCCCCAGCAAGGAGCCACAGCACAGCCAAAGGAGGCAGUUGGUCAAUGGCAGGGUCCCCCGUGUGCCGCAGAGCUCUGGGGACCAUCAGAGCCGCAGCUCCACCAUGCAGAACAUCAAGGCUUCUCCAUAUACAAGUGCAGAGCUGCAGCGUUUCCUGGUACUCCACAACAAGGUAGGCAUGAUGAAGGUGGGGACACAGAAUGGCGACUGAGGCUUGAUGGCAUUG